CGGAAAUUUUCAGUCGCCGCGGUCAGCGGAGCGGACGAUCUCGUCUAUUGUUAUAGCGUGUUGUAUGACAGACCGAACUGUCACCAACUGUCACAUCAUUGUAGUGCAUUGUUGAAUCCUUGCCGCGCGUAACAGAAAGACAUCGUCGCGCAACAAUGGCGAUGGGCAAGGGUUUUCGCGUCUACGAGAAGCUAGACUCUCCUAAGCCGCACUCGAUCAUACUCGAACAACGAAAUCGCAAGGAGACGCUGCUGUUCGAAUCGCAAGCGGUCGCGGUCCUUUCUCCUGAAGAACAUGAAUUCCUCAAGCCGAAGUACACAAAAUUGUUGGAUGCGUAUGGAUGCCUGGGUGUUCUGCAGCUAAACGCAGGAGAGAAUACACUGUUGUAUCUUGUUCUGGUUACUGGAUGCUUCUCCGUGGGAAAAAUAGGAGAGUCGGAGGUUUUUCGAAUAACACAGUCGGGUUUUGUACCGCUGUUCUACAGUCAGGGGACAGAGGAUCGUGUGUCCGAAGUCAGAAAGGUUCUGAAUUCAGGAACGUUUUACUUCUCCUGGUCUUCCGGACAGCAGGAUUCACUCGAUAUCACUCUAUGUGCUCAAAGAAGAUGUAAAUCGACAACUACAGAUAAUAGGUUCUUCUGGAAUCGAAUGUUACAUAUUCAUCUAUUAAGAUACGGUGUAGAUACAAGUCAGUGGUUAUUAAAAGCAAUGUGUGGUAGUGUAGAGAUUAGGACUGUCUAUGUUGGACACAGACAAGCUCGAGCAGUGCUUAUGUCUAGAUUAAGUUGCGAACGCGCUGGUACUAGAUUCAAUGUUAGAGGAACCAAUGAUGAUGGACAUGUGGCGAAUUUUGUGGAGACAGAGCAAGUAAUCUACAUAGACAACGAAGUAACGUCUUACGUUCAGACGAGGGGUUCAGUACCGCUGUUUUGGGAACAACCUGGUGUACAAGUCGGUUCCCACAAAAUAAAAAUUUCACGCGGUUUCGAGACCUCCGCGCCCGCUUUCGAUAGGCAUUUAAAGAUGAUCAAGAAACGAUACGGCAAGCAGGUAAUCGUCAAUCUUCUUGGCUCUAGUCUAAUCGGCAGUAAGGAAGGGGAAGCGAUGUUGAGUCAGUUAUUUCAAACCCAUCACAAUAUGUCGGAGCACAAGGAUGUUCCACACAUUUUAUUCGAUUAUCAUCAAGAAUGCCGCGGUGGAAACAUGAAAAAUCUCUCAAAGCUGAAGGCGAAGGUGGAAAAAUACUUGGAAUCGUUCUCUAUGUUCUACGCGGCCGGUAAUACUGUGAUUCUCGAGCAAACCGGCACUAUCAGGACCAACUGUUUGGAUUGCUUGGAUAGAACCAAUUGCGUGCAAACAUUCUUUGCGCUCGAGAUGCUGGGUAAGCAGAUGAGCAUGUUAAAACUGAUGGAGAAACAGCAGAUGGUGUCAAGAUUCGAAGAGGUGUUUCGCCAGAUGUGGAUUAACAACGGCAACGAGGUCAGCAAAAUAUACGCGGGCACUGGUGCCAUCCAAGGCAGUUCUAAACUGAUGGACGGCGCGAGAUCGGCAGCUAGAACGAUACAAAAUAAUUUACUAGAUUCCAAUAAGCAGGAAGCGAUCGAUAUUUUAUUAUUAGGUUCGACAUUAAACACAGAACUUGCUGAUAGGGCACGUUUGUUAUUACCUUCCAACAUGUUACAUGCUGCGCCAAAUCUUCUACGAGAGAUGUGCAAGCGCUACAACGAAUACGUGGUUACAAUGAAUCUUAGAGUGAGCGUCGGUACUUAUAAUGUUAAUGGAGGGAAACACUUUAGAAGUGUAGUUUACAAGGAUGUAUCUCUAUCUGAUUGGUUAUUCCUUGGAUCGCGUAAAUCAUCCUUAGUAUCCUUAGAGGAAGACAAUGCAGAGAAUGAUGUUCCUGUGGAUAUAUUUGCGAUUGGUUUCGAGGAGAUUGUCGAUCUGAACGCCAGUAAUAUCAUGGCCGCCAGUUCGGACAACGCGAAAGCUUGGGCCGACGAACUGCAGAAGGUUUUAUCCAAAAACACAGAGUACGUUCUCGUGACAUAUCAACAACUAGUCGGCGUCUGUCUAUAUCUCUUUAUACGACCUGUGCAUGCGCCAUAUCUGCGAGACGUGGCGGUAGAUUGCGUGAAAACGGGAUUGGGAGGCGCAACCGGUAAUAAAGGCGCUGCGGCAAUUAGAUGUGUGCUUUACUCCACAUCCUUUUGCUUUGUAUGCGCGCACUUCGCCGCUGGCCAGUCACAGGUGAACGAACGUAAUGCCGAUUAUGCCGAGAUCACAAGAAAGAUAGCGUUUCCCAUGGGCAGAACUCUGAAUACACAUGAUUAUGUGUUUUGGUGCGGUGAUUUCAAUUACAGAGUCGACAUGGAUAAAGACGAGAUGAAGGAACUGAUUAAACGGAAGGAAUUGGAUCAAAUAUUGCAAUACGACCAAUUAAAGGUUCAACAAGAGCAGGGUAAUGUUUUCAAGAAUUUCUUGGAGGGACCUAUCAAUUUUGAUCCUACAUAUAAAUAUGAUCUGUUCUCGGAUGAUUAUGACACUAGUGAGAAGUGUCGUCAACCCGCAUGGACGGAUAGAGUUCUCUGGAAACGUAGGAAACAAGUACCUGAUAUUGAUUCGCCUACAGAUUGGAAUCCGGGAAAGCUUAUUUAUUACGGUAGAGCGGAAUUGAAACAGAGCGAUCAUCGCCCGGUAAUCGCAACGAUUGACAUAGACGUACAUUGUGUUGAUCCCGAGAAACGCGAACGUGUGUUCAAGGAGGUGAUACAGGAUCUAGGUCCGCCCGAUAGCACAAUAAUAGUCAAGGCGGUGGAAGAUAUCGAAGACAUGGAUAGCGUGUUCGACAACAAUCUCAUGUUUGCUUUGAUACAGGAUCUGUCUCAUAUCGGCGAGGCGAUCCUGGUCCGUUACGUCGGUGAGACCAUCUGGGUAACGUUCAGGGACGGUCAGUGCGCCCUGUCCGCGGCGAAGAAGGGUAUGACGCAGGUAUGUGGCCAGACAUUGAAACUGUCGCUGAAAUCGCCCGAUUGGGUAAAACUGAUUGAGAAAGAGAUCGAGAUCUGCAGCAAUAGCACGAUAGCGCAAUUCACGGCGAAUUCGCCGUUGCAAAGUCCCAUGCAACGAUUGGAACAAUUGGAGAUGGCCGAACGAUCAUCUCCCAGCAGAGGCAGUCCCGGCAAUGGCAUGAUUCCACCCCCGAGGCCGGCGCCACCGGGACGACCAUCUCAACCACCGAAGAGUCCUGCUCAUGAACGAAAGCAGGGACCGCGUGCGGGUGUCUUCAGUGUAGUUCCCAAUCAGUUCCCACUUCCCAUGACGCAACCGGCCGCAGAUAAAACGGCAGAGGAUCAACAUGACGAGAGAUUGUCGCCUGAUUCGGUCAUCUAUGAAGAAAUACUGGACGGAUCGCCCAGCUAUCCUAUACCAAAUCGGCCGCCGCCGCCGUUACCGCGCAUGGACGGACCGCAAGAACCAUCAAACAGACCUUCGCCUAGCUCGAUACCUCCCCCCUUGCCGCAUAGACAAGCCCCACCUCCUCCGCAACAUCCACCGCCGAGCCUACCUCCGAAUGUUCCGCCACCUGUUCCAGCGAGAACCACCGGCGGGCCGCCCAUUCCGGCCAGAAAUCCUCAAUAAGAAAUGGAUGCAAGAUAUAUUCUCGACACCAAGUAUCCGGUACAUUUAUUUAGCAUUAAUCUAAUACACGUGAUUAUUUAUGAAAUUAAUAACGAGAGUCAACAUAAUUGACGAUGAAACCUCGCUUCCAAACUGAGUUUCAGAUUCGCGAUAGAUAGGAUACUUAGAAAUUUGUUCUGUGAUUAUUCUAAGAAUGGAAUCAUCAAAUCGGAAGUAAUUAUUUUUGAUCUCCGAUAAUGCGAGCAUAAUUAAUUGAUAGAUUUGUAUUUAUAAAGGCCAUUCUUGAGCUUGCCAAAUCAAUAUUCCGUAUACUCGUAUUUUUCUUGUUAGUGGUAACAUAUUAAUCCUCCAUAUUAUACAUAUUAAUCCUGUUGAGUAUCAUUUCACAUUGAUGAUGCAGGAAGCUGUUGUUUUUUCACUCCGAAUGUUUAACUAGAGCAGAUAACUGUUGUGUUUCAAAGAUCCAAUUGAUAUAUCUUGUUGAUGUGACACAGAGAUUUAAUAUGUAUGUUCGUAAUCUGCGUUUUGAAAACGUUAUCAAAUUGGAUAUCAGGAAAUUAGUAAUAAUCCAUCAAGUUUAAAUGGCAAGAUACUUGCGGUAAUAAUGUUAUAGCUGUCGCUGCUUGUAUCAUAUAUUGAUAUAAUUUAAAAUGUAGUUCUUGAUGUUAGUACUGCUUCUACUAUAUAAAGUUUUAGGAGUUUCUUCGCUGUAUCUUAAUAGUUUAAGGGUAUCAAGGAAACUCCAAGAAGCUUUUAAUUUUACAAAUAAUUAUAUAUAGCACGACAGAAGAAUAUACUCAAACGCAGCAGUAUUUUCAUAAGUAAAAUGUAUAUACAAGGUGUCCGGUAAUGACGGUAAUUACUUCUCGUGUGCAGAACGAUAACGUGAUUCCUAGUCGUGCGACGCAGUUUUGGGAAGAGCACUCUACAAAUGAUAACGAUUACGUACCAGCAGUAAAUAAAGAUGGAUUCUCGCAUCUGACUGUAUAUCAGUAGACUGUCUCUUCUCACUGUGCGCUUAUACUCAAAUUGGCCGAUCUUUUUUAAUUAAUUUUUCAAUUACAAAAAUCAUAAAAUGGUAAAGAUUUUUUCCUCAAUUUAACUUGUUUUACCUGUAUAUGAGGAUACGAUUUUUAUCGGAUACCCUAUAUAUAUUUCUUAUAAUCAUUCACCUGCAUGGAUUGCUCUUUUUUUUUCACAGAGAUGCUAGAAUGAUUAUCUUAAAGGCGGCUAAUUUAGAUAUAAUCUAAGAUCCUCUUAUGCAUAAUUUUAUUUAUUUUUCUCCUAAUUUUAAAGUUCCUACAUUUUGCAUUCCAUGAACAUUUCGAAAGCGUCCGUCCCGAUGGGUCCAACAUACCCACCUAAUUACAUUUCUUUCCUUAAAUCCUUUCGAUUAUUUUUUCAGGAGACAUAAUAUCAUGUUUUUUAUUGUACGAUACAUAAAUGUCCUAUUUUGACUGUCGUGUUACACAUAAUGAACAACGAAUGCGAAUGCAAAUUAAACAGAAGAUAAGAGCAAAAGUUGCUAUCCAUGAUAUCAUAACUCACAGGAAAAUACUUACGAUGUGACAGUCGAAAUGUUAAUUAUUAUAAAUUGUAUAUAUUAACUAUAUAUUAUUUUCUCUCUUAAUUUCCAUUAUUUUCAGCAUACUUACGUAAAGGUGGCUCUAAUAGCGGGAAAAUGGACGUAUACAUAUGUGUAAAAAAAAAAUUAGAAUAACAAAAAUGGUAUAGUGAUAUAUGUAAUGAAAAUUCUUUCUUACAUACACUAAUCUAUAAUAUAAAUUUAGUCACACAGCACCUCAACUGUACGCGUUUCUUUCACAUUCAUGUAUAGUUGAUGCGUUUUAUUAGUUAGAUCAAUCCUCAUCUAAUACACAAGAUGUGAAAAAUUGAACAUGUAUAUAUGUAUUGAACGAUCUACGAAUAAUAAAGAGAUCAUACGGGAAGAAAGAAAA